CAGAGAGUCAACAUGUAAACAGGCCACUCGCGAGACAAACAACGUGGGGGCCGCGGGCUGUUCACUGAACGAGGCAGCCAGGCUCUCGCCUGUUCGUUCGUUCGUUCGUUCGUUCGUUCGUCCGUUCGUUCGUUCGUUCGUUCGUUCGUACGUACGUACGUACGUACGUACGUUCUCUCUGCUGGCAUUCGGUGUGUGCUUCGUUUCCGUCCGUCGCUCUCCGUGCGUUAGCUCUCCGCUCGGUGUGUCGGAUUUAUCGAAUCUCGUGGCGGCGUCCGUCCACGGAUAACCGGCGUGUGGUGUUCCAACGUCGCAAGUCAGCCAUCGAUCGUGCGCUUCUCGUUCGCGUUUUAGUUGGACGGAUAACGGCGCGAUAACGCGAUCGGAAAGCGCGGAUCGAUCGGAGGAACGGAUUUCGUUUCCAGUUUUUUUCUUUCUAUAUACUGGUGCGACUCAAGGCCGAGACGAACGUGUUUUGGGAGGAUACGUGUCGGUGAUCACACCGACCGACCGACCGACCGGAAUCUGUGCGUCGUCGUGUUUCCCUCUCGGUGCACGUGAUUCUCCUCCGCUUAUUAAUUUUAUGCGUCGUAUAAAACCUCGUCGAAAUCUAUCGGCGAAUAAUCAAUAACGCUUUUGUUACGGGAUAAAGCGAAAGAUCGUUCGAAAUUAUAAUAAUAAUCGUGCGUUCGCGCUCCAUUUGUUUUGUUUUGUUUCGAAACGGCGUACGAACGAAAAGUUCGUAGAAUCGAACGAAUACGUUUUAUUUACGUGUACGGAUUAUUUCUCCGUGUGUAUAUAUCGGUGGAUUAACCGUGUUGAUAUUUCCCCCCCUCGUGUUUCAAAGACGCAAUAUUUCGAAGGAGCGUUUAGUUCGACACGCACCGUUCCCCGACAAUGACGCGUAAUUGUGCUUCGUGCCGUAUUAAUAGAAAAUCGAUCAGUGUUGGUUUGUGUUGCACGUGAAAUUUGUGGUGAUUUGUGAUCGAGAGGGUGGGAGAGGGGGAGAGAGAGACAUACCUUGGCCGAUGGUCAACAGGUGUACGCCUUGAUGAUACACCGAUGAGACGAUGGAGAUCGCUGUUAACAUCCGUGUACAGUGAAGAGGAGGUGCUGUUGCGUUCUCGCGUGAAUCAUUAGUUUCUUGCUGCGGUUCGCUACCACGUGAGUCAGUGGUGUAUACUUCCCAGGCUUCUGAGACAAAGUGACAUGGCUUGUUAAUGGACACAUCGGUGAGAACCCGUUCGACAACGGUUCGUGGGGAAAGGAGCAAUUCCAGCCAUCGACGGUUCCUUGGCAGCUGAAUCCGCGCGGCCACGCUCGUCCUAGUGACGAUGGCAUAAUGGAUCAUGACACAGACGGAGACGGAGCGAUCAACUUGUCAACGUCACAGCGACCCUCCGCCGCCACCACCCCUAACGGUGACACCCCCUCGUACGGCCAAGAUCAACAAGACAACGACCAGGCUACUUCGCUGUUUGCAGCCCUGAAGCAGCAACAACAGCAACAGCAACCGCGCGACACUGUCCCCUCGUCGAGGGAGCGCGAGAAUCGAGAUCGAGAUCGACUGUCUGUCCGUAACCGUGAGAACAAUCGGAACGAGAUAGGUGGUGGCGUGACGGAGCAAUCGCAGCCAACGCAGCAACAGCAGCAGCAACAGGAGCUCACGAUCGAGUAUCAGAGCAAUGGAAAGCUCAGUCCCGCUGGGCACGCAGUGACAGCAGCACCCAUGACCCAGCAAAAGCAGCCUAUCAUCACGCAGCAAUCGCAACAGCCGAGCUCGGGGGCGCCUGGUCCCCAACCGAGUCCUCAUCAGAGUCCGCAGGCCCCUCAGAGGGGUUCGCCGCCAAAUCCUUCGCAGGGUCCCCCGCCGGGAGGGCCGCCAGGGGCACCACCUUCGCAAAAUCCCUCGCAGAUGAUGCUCAGCCCGGCUAGCGGCAUCCACCAGAUGCAACAACUGCUGCAACAACACAUACUCAGCCCCACCCAACUGCAAUCCUUCAUGCAGCAACACUCGCUCUAUUUACAACAGCAACAACAGCAACAUCAUCAGGAUUCCUCGUCGGAGCAUGCGUCCAAUCAGGAACGAUUCGGCUACUUUUCGUCCCUCAAAGACCAUCAACACCAGUUCGCCGAGCUGGGCAGGAAGAAGUUGGAGCAGGCGAUACAGCAACUGCAGGAACAGUUGCAGUUGAACGUGAUCCAGCAGACGCAUCUGUUGCAAACGGCGGACAAGAAGAAGGCGUCCGCCCCGCUUCAGCAAUUGGCGCUUCAACAGCAACGUCUGAUACAGCAACUGCAGAUCACGCAGAGCCAAUAUCUUCUUCAACAGGGUCUGGGUCUUCAGGGUCACAAUCCUUCUUCGGGUCUCCAACCUGGCGAGGGACUACCAAUGUGGAAAUCGGACACGUCGGAUGGUCCGGAAUCGCAUCAGAACUCGAACGUUCCAAAAUCCGUGGCUGGACUCAAUGGCGACGUUCGUUUCCGGACUAUCGCAGGACUUCUCAAUUCGACAGUGUCGAGUCGGCGGUCGGAUAUGAACGGAACCACUCCAUUGGACGAGAAACCGCUGGACGUUUCCUCCAACGACAAGGUUCAUCCCCUGUACGGUCAUGGGGUCUGUAAGUGGCCGGGCUGUGAAGUUAUUUGUGAAGACUAUCAAGCAUUCCUUAAACACUUGAACACGGAGCACACGCUGGACGACAGAUCGACGGCGCAGGCCAGGGUCCAGAUGCAAGUGGUCUCGCAACUGGAGAUCCAGUUGCAGAAGGAACGGGACCGGUUAACCGCUAUGAUGCAUCACCUGCACGUGGCGAAACAAAUGGCUUCCCCCGAACCGCCAAAGUCGUCCGAGUCAUCGACGGGCUCGAGUAUACCAAAGUUAAAUCUCUCCACCGCUCUGAUGAGCCAGCCACCACCGAAUUUCGGUGUCUCUCAAGUGUCUCCCGUCUCGAUGUCCGCUUUGGUGUCAGCGGUCAGGUCACCAGCAGGUGGACAACUGCCACCUUCGGCCGGAGCACCUAUGCCACCCAUCCCUAACAUGUCCAACAUGUCAGGGAUGCCUCCGUUGCCGAAUAUGCCUGGUAGCAUGCCCACCAUGCCUACCAUGCCCAGCAUGGCGGGGCCCAUCAGACGACGUAUCAGUGAUAAAUCCGCGCUUUCCUUGGCAGGAGGACUGUAUGACGAGGGCACUGUAAGGCGCAGAGUAGCCGUCGAUAGAUCUGGAAUAGAUAUUAACGAAGAAAUUCAACGAAAUAGGGAAUUUUACAAGAAUGCCGACGUCAGACCGCCGUUUACAUAUGCAUCAUUAAUUAGACAGUCGAUCAUCGAGUCGCCGGAUAAACAGUUGACCUUGAACGAGAUCUACAACUGGUUCCAGAACACAUUCUGCUACUUCCGGCGCAACGCAGCAACGUGGAAGAACGCGAUCCGCACCAAUCUAUCAUUGCACAAGUGUUUUGUGCGCUAUGAGGACGACUUCGGGUCAUUCUGGAUGGUGGACGACGCCGAGUUCGUAAAGCGGCGGCAUCUGUCCCGCGGCCGCCCCAGGAAAUAUGACCCAACCCCAUCACCCACUCCACCCCACCUCUCCGCACAGGGUGUCCCGUCGAAAAGUCCAACCCUGACGCAUAGCCCGACCAUGUACGGUGAUGCAUUAAACGCCAAUCUCCAGUAUUUCCAGGCGGCACUCGGGGACUCUAAUAUGGGAUUUCUAAACAACUCGAUGUGCACGUCGACGACAACGAGCCCCGACAAGGAGCACGUGUUAGCCCAUAACGAUUUAAUGUCACCGUUGGAUGAACCAGCCGUGCACAUAAAGCAGGAGGGCCAAAGCCCGGAGGGUGGAAAACUGACGAGAUUAAUAAAACGAGAGCUGGUUGACGCGCCCGCGGACCAAGAGGGUGAUGACGAUCAGGUGGACGAGAGGGAGUAUCCAGAGAGUCACGGGCACGAUUCCGGACAGGACGAGGACAUGGCCGAAGACUUGUCGAUGGCGCCCGACAUAAUGACCCCGGAGGAUCAGAUCGAGGCGUAGUAUCGCACCUCGAGGAGCGAAUAGAUUCGAGCUGUCGCGUCGAAGUACAGAUCGUGAUGGAAGAAGAAGAAGAAGAAGAAGAAGAAGAAGAAUAAGAAGCAGCUUCUCUUCCUCCUCGAUAGAGAGCCAAGAUCAGGGAAGAACCAGAGGCGCGCGAAUGUAUGAAAUGAAUGAAGAGAGGGGGGAAAAAGGUGUAGAGGAAAAGAAAGAAAUAGAGGAAGAAAAAGAAGAAUGGAAGAAGAAUAGGAGAAGAAGACGAUGAACGAAGGCCCAGCCAGGACCACCCAGCCCUCCACUCCUCCUUCGUAAGAGAAUCCCCAUUUAUCAUAUCCAAGGCCGUGAUACGUUUUAUCGAGGCGGCUUUUAAAAGGUAAAGGCGAAAGAAGAAAAACGUACACUGUGCGUGAUCGAUCGCGACGAAACGUCGAACUCGAGAGAAAUAUCGGCGAAUAUCGUGAUAUAGGCGGCGCGAUCCUUCGAUCCAUAUCCUUACUCAAGCAAUUACGAACAACGAUGUAUUUUAUGUUCUCCAAUUCCGUUUCGUUUUUCGGAACCGCGGUUAAUAUCUCUAUAUAAAUAUAUAUAUAUAUAUAUAUAUAGGUAAAAAAAUAUAUAUAUAUAUAUCUUUCUCUCUCUAUCUCUCACUUUCUCUUUCGUGUACAUUAACGAGUGAAUCGUUGAGAUGAAAACGAAUAGCAUCCGCGAUUAUUCGUAGCGUUUCGGCGAAUAAAUGUUAACCGAUGAUCCUUUCACGAAUGUACAGGGGAAAAGAGAAGUGUUUUUCCCGCUCCUGACUCGUUUUCCGCUUUCGAUAUCGUGUCAGCACUCGCGUGUACGGUUGCGUUUCUGCGUGUGCUAAUCGCGUCUAUCAUUUUUGGACCAAUUUGGAUAGAUGUUUAAAAAAAAAAAAAAAAGGAAAAAAAGAAAAGGAAAGGAAUAUUUUAUUUAGAUGAAAGGUAAUUACGAUCGAUAUCAUUUUUUACAGAAUAGACUAUUCACUUUUUCUAAAUUUCUUGCAUGAUUCUUCCUGUUAAAAGAAGAAAAAGAAGGAAGACGCGUUCGAGGGGGCACGCAGAAUGUCUCGAAGAUAAUGAUAAUAAUAAGAGGGGGCGAACAGGUAGGGAAGGUUGGAAUUAAGGAGUAAAUAAAGAAGCUGUGGUGUGGGCAGUGUUCUGGGUACGCGCGGGAACUGACUGACGCUUUAGUCUUUAAUAUAUCGUUCGUGGUAAAUUAAGAAUUUUGCGAGUAUCAAAAAUGUCUAUUAAAAAAAAAAAAAAAAAAAAA